AAAAUUUAGGGGGACCUGGACAAAGACAGAGAACGGAAAUUGAGAAUGUAGUUACUAAAGGAGUCGUUGUGAAAUAGGGGCGCUACAUACAUUACAACUUUCAACACCGCCAAAGAAGAACUGAUCAAAUAUUUCUGUUUCCGGUACCAUUCGUGCGCCAUCUUUGACGACAAAUAGCCCGUCUAUGUUAUUUUUGUUUUCAGAAAGUAUCGAAAAGUAUGAUAGAAGACUGGAUCUCCUAAAAUAACCGAAGCAUUCAUUUGGUAUUUGCCUUAUUUUACUUGGUAUAAUACCGUACAAGUCGUCUGGAGAACAUUUUUGGCGAGAAUAGAAUAUAAGAGCCCUACAACAGAUGAUAUGGGCCCCACAGAGCCCGGAUCUCAACAUCAUUGAGUCAGUCUGGGAUUACAUGAAGAGAUGGAAACAAUUGAGACAGCAGAAAUAGAUAGAAGAACUGUGGAAAGUUCUCCAAGAAGCUUGGAACAUCCUGUCUGCCAACAACCAAGAAAAACUGUGUCCAGGUGUACCUAGGAGAAUUGGUGCUGUUUUAAAGGCAAAGAUGUCGCUUGUAGAUUUGGGAAAGCGGUUGUUGGAGGCAGCUCGUAAAGGACAGGAUGAUGAAGUGAGGUCGCUAAUGGCCAAUGGAGCUCCUUUUACAACAGACUGGCUGGGGACCUCACCACUGCAUUUAGCAGCACAAUAUGGGCAUUACUCCACUGCUGAGGUUCUUCUCCGUGCUGGGGUGAGUAGAGAUGCUCGCACUAAAGUCGAUCGGACCCCUCUCCACAUGGCUGCUGCAGAGGGCCACUCAAGCAUCGUUGAAUUACUGGUCAAGAGUGGAGCAGACAUCAGUGCCAAAGACAUGUUGAAAAUGACUGCCCUACACUGGGCUACAGAACAUGGGCACAGAGCGGUCGUAGAGCUGUUGAUCAAAUACGGUGCUGAUACUCACGCCCUGAGCAAGUUUGACAAGACGCCUUUCAACAUCGCCGUGGACAGAGGAAACACUGAGUUGAUGCUCUUGUUGCAGGAUGGAAUGCAGAAUCAAGUAAACAUGAAUCCAGAGAGGACUAUCCUAAGCAGCCCAUCUCCUGCCACUGCCAGCCCUCAGUUCAUCAUCUCGUCAUCAGGAGUGGUUAAUCUCUCUGAUCUUGUUCUCAGCAAUGCUAAAACCAACACAGAGAAUGUGAUUUCUGCUGACUCGGUGGAUUCGGCUAUUCAGCAUCUUGUAGGGGAAGAUGGCCAGAGAGUCAUCACCAUAGUAACGGACCAACAGGGCAACCUGCAGCCUGGCAACCUUGGACAAAAAUUCUUCGUCACAAUGCAAGGGCAGCAAAUAGUUGCUGUGCCGGCUGGUCAGAUUUCUGAGGAAAUCGUCACAGAGGAAACCAAACCAGUUACAUCACGGAAGAGGAAAUUUGAAUCAACUAUCAACCACACUGAUACCAAACCUAAGGAGCUGACUGAGAAGGACAGUCGGGAACAAUUGGAGCAGCAGCUGAAGGAGGCAAACAGAAAAGCCCAGGAGUACUGGCAGCAGUUACUCCGGAAGGAGCAGGAAGCUGAGCAGUACAGGCUUAAACUGGAGGCCAUUGCCAACGGGCAGACAAAUGGCACCAGCGAAGAGCCCCAAGAGGAAGUGGUGUUUCAGGAAGAGGAGGAGGAGGAGGUGGUUGGUGGAGAGGAAGUUGUCGUGUUGCCAGAGGGAGCGAUCAUCAUUAAGGAGGAGGCCAUUGACUCCGGUUUGUCAGGAGAAACUGUGGCAUUAGUAGAUGCAGAAGAUACAACAGGCAUCUCUGAGGCCACACCGUAGCAGUGAACUCAAAGACUCAAACACUCAGGAAUUAGAUACACUCUUCUAGUCUGUUUACCUGGAGUGUCAUGUUUUAUUUAUUUUAAAUAACCUUUUUUACUCCUAGACAUACUUACAGACAUUUAGGUGGCCACAACAAUGCUGAACUGUUUAGAUUGAUAGAAUAGGGAGAGCAGAAGUGAUGAGUCAUUUUAAAAAGGGUUUGUUCACCCAAAAAGGAAAAUUCUGUCCUCAUUUACUCACCCUCAUGUCGUUGCAAACCUGUAUGACUUUCCUCAGUGGAUAACUUGAAGAGAUUUUAUUGAAGAAUGUUGAUGCUGCACUGUUUUUCCCAUACAAUGAAACUGAAUAGUGACUGAGGAUGUCAGUCCCUAACAUUCUACCAAACAUAAUAUUUUUUGUUUCAUAGAGUCAUAUGGAACAACAUAAGAGUGAGUUAAUAAUGACAGAAUUUUCAUUUUGGAGUGAACUAUCCCUGUAGUGCUUUUUAAUGAAGACACAUUAUGAACCUUUAAUACUUCAGUUCAGUACAAAAUGGGUACUGACUACAUCAUAUUGUACAUAAGUGGAAUAUGACACUUUGAUGGAGUGUUCCAGAGGGUUAACAGACUGUUAAGAUGCCCUUAAAGAGACAGUCAAGUUAACUAAAUGGAGGAACACUGAGCAUUCUUCAAAGAUAAGUCAACUGUUAACGUUGAACAGUAGUUUGUUAGUUGGCAUUGGGUGGUGGAAUUGGUUCUAAGUAGCUAUGCAUUUACUUAGUAAAAAAAAAAAAAAAACUUUUAUAAUACUUUUAAUUGUUGCUAAUCAUAACUGUUACUCCUUUCAGAGUAUAAAAUGAGCAUUGGCUGUUUCAUCUGUAUUUUAUUUUACUUUGUUCUUUUGAAUACACUAAAUCAAGAUUUUCAUUGAA